AUGUCUAUUUCAUUUCCUUAUAUUGUUCCUCAGGUGCAGAUUCCUUACUUCAAUUUGCUCACGGUGCGAGUUAUAAGAAUGAGAAACCUCCGAACAGCUGAUGAGUUGAGCCAAAGUGAUAGUUAUGUGACAGUGCGGCUACCAACAGCUUCUUUGAAUGAUGCCCGGACCAAAACUUUCUCAAAUUGCAGAAAUCCGGUCUGGAAUGAAACUUUCUUCUUUAGGAUUCAGGAUGUAGUUAAGAACAUCAUUGAACUAAAAGUAUAUGAUGAAGACAUUCCUUUCAGUGAUGACCAUCUUUGCACAGUUCUUUUUGAUACAUCUUACCUCCGGCCUGGAAAAACAUUUUGCUACAAUUUUGAAUUGAAUGAAAAGAAAGAUGAGCAGCUAGAAGUGGAGUUCACCAUGGAAUACAUGCCAAAUAUUCUUGAAUGCCUUGCUACAAAUGGAGUAGUGGUGUCUCGGGAAAUUUGCUGCUUAAAAGUAGAAGUAUAUGGAAGACAAAGGUGGAAAACAAGCCGAAAGCGAAGCUUCACAUUUAAAGUGAAAGGGUCUAGAGAAGACACUCGGAUGGUUGUACUAGAUUCACGAUCCCCAGUUUCCACUGUGUUCCACUAUGCCAAGUACUGUCAUCCCCAAAUGGAAGUUCAGCUGCCAAAGAAUAGUAUUUCUUCCUGCUGUUCCUCAAAUAAAGGGAUAAAGGACUGUCUGACUGUACCUUUGAAUCGACUACCCAUAGGACAGAGAGUAAAAAUUGCACGUGACAAAGCAUAUGAUAUAUUUGUGACGCCAGAAAACUAUCAGAAGAAUCUAGAUGUGCGCUUGGGAUAUGAUCUAUGUGCACAGGAGCAGGAUUUCAUCUGUAAGCGGAAGAGACAUGUUGCUGCUGCACUGAAAAAACUUCUACAUCUUAAAGAAGAUCUACAUGAUGAUGAGGUUCCAAUAGUGGCUGCAAUGACAACAGCCGGUGGUAUGAGAUCAAUGACAGCAAUGUGUGGUAGUGUCCGAGCUCUCCAGAAGCUGAAUGUCCUAGACUGCAUUUCAUAUAUUACUGGUUUAUCUGGUACAACGUGGACUAUGGUAAAUUUGUAUCAAGACCCAGACUGGUCCAGCAAGGAUUUGGAAGGAUACAUCAAUAAUAUGCGGAAACAUGCAGUGAAAACUAAAUUGUGCUGCUUUUGUCCAGAACGGUUAAAAUACUAUGAAAAGGAAUUAGACAAAAGAGAGCAAGACGGUCAUAAGAUCACUUUUUCAGAUCUCUGGGGGCUGCUUCUUGAAACCAUGUUAUGUGAUGAGACAAAUCCUCACAAACUCUCUGAUCAACGACAGGCAGUGAAUCGAGGUCAGAACCCUCUCCCCAUCUACCUUGCUCUUAACGUCCGAGAAAAUUACAGCACUCUUGAUUUUAAAGAGUGGCUAGAGUUCACACCCUAUGAAGUAGGAUUCCUGAAGUAUGGUGCUUUCGUUCGGGCUGAAGAUUUUGGAAGCGAAUUCUUCAUGGGUCACUUAAUAAAGAAGAUCCCAGAAUCUCGAAUCUGUUAUUUGCAAGGCACAUGGAGUAAUAUAUUUUCCCAGAGUUUGCUGGAUGCCUUAUAUUUAUCAGACUGUUCAGAGGACUUCUGGCAUACGUGGACGAGGGACAGAGUGAUAGAUAUUGAUGAUGAUAUUUGUCAUCCUCUGCCUAAGAGGCCACAUGUGCGAUCAACACGCCUCUUCAUCCCUAGUGGCAGCCUGACAAAAGCACUUAGAGAGGUCAUAACGUGGCGCCCAGUGGUUUCACAAUAUCAUAAUUUCAUGAAGGGCCUGCAGAUGAAUAAUAAAUACUUAAAGAAUGAUGACUUUUGUACCUGGAAAGAUACUGUUCUAGAUUCUUCUCCCAAUCGAUUGAGUGAUGCAGCAGACCACUUGGAACUUGUUGAUACAGCUUUCUUCAUCAAUACCAGCUGCCCACCUCUUCUGAGGCCAGAGAGGAAAGUGGAUCUUAUUUUUCAUUUAAAUUAUAGUGGAGGAUUACAAACAUUGCCAUUGGACCAAUCUGCGAAGUACUAUGCAAAACAAGGUAUCCCAUACCCUAAGACUGUGCUGAGUGAAGAAGAACGGAAGCAUCUCAAAGAGUGCUAUCUCUUUCAUGAGGCAGACAGCCCAAAGGCACCUAUCUUGCUGUAUUUCCCACUGGUAUGUGACACCUUCCAAAAAUACAAAGCACCUGGUGUGGAACGCAGUCCUGCUGAGAUGGAGGAGGGCCAAGCUGAUGUCACCAGCACAAUAUUUUCCCCAUAUGCCACUGGCUUAAUAGAGUAUUCAGAGGAGAAUUUCAACAAGCUGAUGAAUUUGACCAACUACAAUGUCCUCAAUAAUGAACAUAUGAUCCUGCAGGCUCUGCGUAUGGCUGUGGAGCGAAAGAAACGGCAGAAGAGAGAGUCUUUAUUUUCAUCAUCUUAA